AUGAAGGAGGAGGGACAGGGCUCUAUGGACGGUCCCCUGAUACUGCACAUCCGCGACUGUUGCACAAGCGAGCAGAAGGAGGGCCUCGCCAGGCGACUCCAGCCCACGUUCAAUGCCAAAGCACGUCACUACUCAUAUGAAUGCAAGGAGCCUGCGCAGGCCCGGCCCUAUGUGCCGCGGCCUUCACGAACCCAGCAACUGCGCAACCCCAAGUUGGCACCAAAACUGACUAACGAUGUGCCGGACGAUUUGCUACGAAAAAAAGGUGUUGCCGAUGAGGAGCUGGCGAAGAGAGAGGCUGAGAGGGAAGCCGAAAAGCCGAAGCAGCGCCGCUUAAGAGAGACCGAUGCGGACCGUGCCGACCGUGCGGACUAUGCGGCCUCGGGCGCCGAACAAUCGCCAAGACGCCGCAGCUCGGUCUCGUCCGGUUCGGCCUCAUCUAUCUCUACAAACAGGUCACCGGUUUCACCCCCUCCUAGGCGGCGUAGGUCGCCCUCCCCGCCUCCAAGGUCACGGGAUUUAUCAAGCGGCCCAUCCGACCGCCGCAGCGCUCACUAUCGUCAACGUCGUCAUCGGCGGUCGCCAAGCUCAGAUAGUCACGUUGAUGAGCGUCCGACAUCUCGGCGAUCUGAGUUAAGCCGGCGGUCAGAGUCCCCCGCUCGUCGGCUACGGCAACGGUCUUCGUCCAGAGACAGCCGGUCUCCGCCUCCACGACUUGACCGGACGUACCGAGAAAGGAGCUCGGACUACGAGAGACACGACAGCAGAUCUAGACAUGGACGAGACAGACAACUCUCGCCGGGGCCAGCGGGGUCGGUCCGGUCGAGGAACAAGAACACUGCGAGGUCCAGGUCGUUGUCGAGGUCACCCGUCCGGUCGAACAGAAGGGACCAUAGUCGCGAGAAACAUCCACCUCGCCCAAGGAUGGAGGACGCACCAAGGGAACAGCAGCAACGUACGCCGCAGAGAGAACCCGAACGGGAGAGGAGUCUUAGCCCCUUCAGCAAGAGGUUAGCCUUGACUCGGGCCAUGAAUAUGGGUAGGGGUAGAUAG